GCACGAGUUGCGAAUUGGGAGAAAUUCAUUUCGAAAAACGUAACGAAUGGAACCCAAGAAACAGAAGAUGACUGAUGCAGACAAAGAAGAAGCACAUAAGACCACCACCUGCUCUUACUGGGUGCCACGGAAGAAGCGCCGCUGCAAGAUGACGGCUAACAAGGGUAGCUUGUUUUGCGGCGCCCAUGCCCCACCCACAGUUGCCCCAACGAUAUCAGAUGACAAAUCUGGCAAAGAUUCCUUCCAAGAACGUAUUUCCUGCCCGCUGGAUCCAAAACAUACCGUCUUCAAAAAAAAACUAGCUAAACACUUGACCAUUUGCAAUGCACGAGAUCAGGAAAGCUCACUGCCUUACAUUGUAAAAGGAGUUAAUUCAGGAGAAGAUUUGGAAGAACCACUCGAAGACCUGGAGAAACUUAACCAAAUAAAGCUACAUGAGCUGACGGAUGAAGAAUUUUACGGUGUGAUCGGCAAAGUAAAAGAUCUGUAUGACAAGCACAUUAAUUUAAGCAUAAAGGAAAUGCAGUUAGAGCAUGAAUCCCUCAAGGAAGAAUUGAAUCGCAAGGAUUACGGACAAGAAACUCUACGCCAGCUUGCCCAAGCCUCCAGCUUGCUGGGAAUCUUGGAGAAAGACCAACAGUUCACGGAUCACACGAGCUAUGUGGAGUUCGGUGCCGGAAAGGGACAACUAGCCUAUUACUUAGCCACCGUUUUGGAGACUCAGCAAUUAACUCACUCCCAGGUAAUCCUCAUCGACCGGAUGUCCCUUCGUCACAAAAAGGACAAUAAGGUAACCAAUAAGGAGCUGGUGCAGCGUAUCCGGGCGGAUAUCGCCGAUCUAAAGCUCAACGCUUUGCCAGAGCUGAAUAAAACUCAACGAACGGUUGCUAUUUCGAAGCAUCUCUGUGGAGCAGCAACAGAUUUAACACUGAGAUGUAUGUUAGAUGAUGGAGUUGCCGGAACGGACUACGUGCUCAUCGCCCUAUGCUGCCAUCAUCGCUGCUCCUGGCGCUCUUAUGUAGGACGAUCGUUCCUGCAACAAUCUGGGAUUGGACCUCGGGAGUUCGCUAUCCUAACUAAAAUGGUCAGUUGGGCCGUUUGUGGCACAGGCUUAAGUCGUGAGCGUCGCAAGGCUAUGGAACAGUCGGACAACCAACCCACGGAGACGAAUACCCAGCGACUAAGUCGCGAAGAGAGGGAAAAAAUUGGUCAGCAGUGCAAGCGGGUUUUAGACUACGGACGACUAGAGCACCUGCGAUCGCACGGAUACCAAGCAGAGCUAAAGUUUUACGUUACGAGGGAUGUGACUCUGGAAAACGUAGUCCUGGUUGCCAGACCAUACAUCUCGAAAAACGAAGGUCAAAAUAAAUGCAGUUAACAUUA